AUGCAUUUCAUAUGGUUCACCCGAGAACCGGAUCUGAUUAUCGAACUCGAAGAUGAAGAAGACCAGCAGAUGUACGGGUUUCUAGUUUCGGCGGCCUGUUUGCGAGUAUCAUCACGCUUCUUCGAUCGAAUGUUAGACCCAAAGAAUGGAUUUAAACCUCUCCCGCAAACAAACUUAAACGGUAAUCCAAUUACCGUUUUGCGCCUCCAUGAAGAUUCUAUUGCAGCAUUAGGGUGGAUACUUAAUAUCAUACACUUUCAAUUAGACAGUAUCCCUAGGGAAAUGAAUAGAGAAAAUAUCUUUGCUGUGGCAAUCUUAUGCGAUAAGUAUCUAUGGCAAAGGGCAAUUGGCCUGUGGGCGGAGAAAUGGGUGGUGGCGUUAUUGCCCAGCGAAGAAAGCUCGAAUUCAAGGAAUAACGGCGCCGAAUACCUUACCGAACCUUGGAAAGAGGAUAUUUCGAAGGAGGGCUGCGAAGAAUGGCUUUUCUUAGCACAAGCAUUUCCGAAUAUCGACAACUAUACAUCAUAUCACCGAAAGGUUUUCAAUACACUCGUGGAAGAAAUUGUGGGCGAUAUGGAGUCAUUCGAUGAUGCAAGCAGGAUGUUGAAAUCAUCCAGGGAUGGGCAGAGAGUGGUGCUGCCGGUGAUGUUUGAAAGAGUUCCUCAACCAACUUUUAUCAAGAUCAAGGAAACCCGGGAUGAAUCCUUUUCAAGGGCCAUUUCAGAGAUGACGGAUUUGCUUCUCGAGAUCGAAAUUCUUAAGCGGCAGUUUGAUGAAAUCAAAGGCAAUAUUAUAGAAAGAGACUGUCAAGGAGAUACCGGAUGCUAUGAAGUUACAUUAGCAUCUUCUAUGGGGUCAUCACACCAGGCAGGCUGGGAUCUUGAAGGAACCUAUUGUCCUUCAUGUAUUCGGAAGCAAGUCUGCCUCUGGGUUGUCUGGGAGAGAGUCGAAAAGUUGCGUGAAGUUUUGAGGUAUUAUGCUUUUGCUCAAGGUGUCCAACGAAACAAAAAUAGAACUUCUGCGACAUGGCCAAAGACGAAUGAGACACAUACUUUAAUAGGAAAUGUAACCAGUCGAUUUGGGAACUUGUGGAAUAGUUAA